CCCGUUAGCUCCAGGAGACUGCUGCAGCUGUCAUUGAUCUGUCGAAGGAGUAAAGCCCAGGCGAAGAGUAAACUGUGAGCAGUAGCAGCGGCAGCAGCAGCAGCAUCAAAUAGGUAAGGAUGAUGUGCGAGGUGAUGCCGACCAUCAGCGAGGACACGGCCCUGAGCCAGCGCGGCUCUCAGAGCAGCGCCUCCGACCCGGACUCGCACUUCGAGCAGCUGAUGGUCAACAUGCUGGACGAGCGCGACCGCCUCCUGGACACGCUGCGGGAAACCCAGGAGAGCCUGGGGGUGUCUCAGCAGCACCUGCAGGACGUCAUCUAUGACAGGGACGCGCUGCAGAGACAGCUCAGCUCCGCACUGCCACAGGAGUUUGCUGCUCUCACUAAAGAGCUGAACGCAUGCAGAGAAAAUCUUCUGGAGAAGGAAGAGGAGAUAUCGGAGCUCAAGGCAGAGCGGAAUAACACAAGGCUGCUACUGGAGCACCUGGAGUGCCUGGUGUCUCGGCACGAGCGCUCGCUGCGGAUGACGGUGGUGAAGCGACAGGCCCAGUCCCCGUCGGGAGUGUCCAGCGAAGUCGAGGUCCUCAAGGCCCUCAAGUCCCUUUUCGAACACCACAAAGCCCUCGACGAAAAGGUCAGAGAGAGAUUGCGAGUGUCGUUAGAGCGAGUCUCCGCCUUGGAGGAGGAGUUAACAGCUGCCAAUCAAGAGAUCGUAGCCUUACGGGAGCAGAAUGCCCACAUCCGGACGAAGGUGGCAUCGGGUGAGGGAGGAGAGGACCUGCUGGAGACCACCGAUGGAGGACAGAAGGGGCACGGAAAGCACAUAUCGAAUGGGUCGAUGGGGACGGCGGACGAGGCGGGCCAGGUGGUGGAGCUGCAGGAGCUGCUGGAGAAGCAGAACUACGAGCUGGCCCAGAUGAAGGAGCGCAUGUCCUCGCUCUCCUCGCGCGUCUCCGAGGUGGAGCAGGAGCUGGACACCGCCCGCAAGGACCUCAUCAAGUCGGAGGAGAUGUGCACCAAGUACCAGCGGGACAUCAAGGAGGCCAUGUGCCAGAAAGAUGACAUGGAGGAUCGCAUCGUGACACUGGAGAAGCGCUACCUGAGCGCCCAGCGCGAGUCCACCUCGCUACACGACAUCAGCGACAAGCUGGAGAACGAGCUGGCCAAUAAGGAGGCUUUCCUCAGACAGAUGGAGGAGAAGAAUAGGCAGCUUCAGGAGCGACUGGAGCUGGCGGAGCAGAAGCUGCAGCAGACCAUCAGGAAAGCAGAGACACUACCCGAGGUGGAGGCCGAACUCGCACAGAGGAUAGCAGCGCUCACUAAGUGUGACAUGGAGACUAAACUACAGGAUAUGACAUCCAACCUUAGAAAGGCGGAGGAGCGUCAUGACAGCAUAGAGGAGCGUAUGAGGCACCUGGAGGGCCAGCUGGAAGAGAAGAACCAGGAGCUGCUCAGAGCUCGGCAGAGGGAGAAGAUGAACGAGGAGCAUAACAAGCGUCUGUCGGACACGGUGGACAAGCUGCUGACCGAGUCCAAUGAGAGACUGCAGCUGCACCUCAAGGAACGCAUGGCCGCGCUGGAGGAGAAGAACAUUUUAAUACAGGACUCAGAGAACUACCGGAAACAGCUGGAGGACUCCAUCCAUGACAAAUCUCACCUGGCCGACGAAAUUGACAAGUUAAGAGUGGAGCUGGACGCCUUCAGGCAGCGAGCCGGAUCACUUACAGAACCCACACUGUCACGUUCUCAUCUGGAUACGUCGGCAGAGCUGCGCUUCUCUCUGGGCUCUCUGGCGGAGACGCAGUCGGACCACUACAGGUCCACCAAGGUCAUCCGCAGGCCGCGCAGAGGUCGCCUGGGGCUUCGGCGGGACGAGCAGAAGGCCAAGUCUCUGGGCGAGCAGGAGUGGCGUUCGCAGCAGCUGGGCAUGCUUGGCGGCCACCCGUUCGAGAGCGACACGGAGAUGUCGGACAUCGAUGACGACGACCGCGAGACGCUGUUCAGCUCCAUGGACCUGCUGUCUCCCAGCGGACACUCGGACGCACAGACGCUGGCCAUGAUGCUCCAGGAGCAGCUGGACGCCAUCAACAAGGAGAUACGGUUGAUCCAGGAAGAGAAGGAGUCUACGGAGCUCCGUGCGGAGGAGAUCGAGAACCGCGUGGCGAGCGUGAGUCUGGAGGGCCUGAACCUGGCGCGCGGGCACCACCACGGCGCCAUCACUGCCUCCGCCACCGCCUCCUCCCUGGCCUCCUCCUCCCCGCCCAGCGGACACUCCACGCCCAAGCUCACGCCACGGUCGCCCGCCCGGGACAUGGAGCGCAUGGGCGUCAUGACACUGCCUAGUGACCUGAGGAAACACAGGAGAAAGAUCGCGGUGGAUGAAGAUGGCAGGGAGGACAAGGCCACCAUCAGGUGUGAGACCUCCCCUCCCCCGACACCUCGUCAGGUCCGGAUGACGCACACACUACCGGCCUCCUCGCACAACGACGCUCGAGGGCUGGGCCUGGAUGCGGACGCCAGUGCCCUGAGCAGCGUGGCCAGCAGCUCGGAUUCGCUCAACAAGCCAACCAAGAGGAAGGGCAUCAAGUCCUCCAUUGGACGCCUCUUUGGCAAGAAGGAGAAGGGACGCCUGGCGCACCACCUCGUGCACAAGGAGAUGAUGAUGGCACAAGCGCAUGGGCAAGGAGCCAUGUCGGACCCAGAGCUGGUGGGCCAGGACAUGGGCAUGGGCAAGCUGGGCACUCAGGCGGAGAAGGACCGACGGCUUAAAAAGAAGCAUGAGCUGCUGGAGGAGGCCCGGAGGAAAGGCUUACCCUUCGCCCAGUGGGACGGACCCACCGUAGUGGCCUGGCUGGAGCUGUGGCUAGGUAUGCCAGCCUGGUACGUGGCAGCCUGUCGGGCCAACGUGAAGAGCGGCGCCAUCAUGUCGGCGCUGUCGGACACGGAGAUCCAGCGGGAGAUCGGCAUCAGCAACCCGCUGCACCGCCUCAAGCUGCGCCUCGCCAUCCAGGAGAUGGUGUCCCUCACCAGCCCCUCCGCACCGCCCACCACCAGAACGCCGUCAGGCAAUGUCUGGGUGACCCACGAGGAAAUGGAGACUAUGGCUGCCCCUUCCAAAACGAAGUUGGAAUCGGGAGAAGAAGGGAGUUGGUCACAGACACUGGCGUACGGGGACAUGAACCACGAGUGGAUUGGUAACGAAUGGCUGCCCAGCCUGGGCCUGCCUCAGUACCGCAGCUACUUCAUGGAGUGCCUGGUGGACGCACGCAUGCUGGACCACCUCACCAAGAAGGACCUCAGGGUGCACCUCAAAAUGGUGGACAGCUUUCACAGAACGAGUCUGCAGUAUGGCAUCAUGGGCCUGAAGAAGCUGAACUACGACAGGAAGGAGCUGGAGAGACGCCGCGAGCACAGCCAGCACGAGAUGAGAGACGUGCUGGUGUGGACUAAUGAGCGUGUGAUUCGCUGGGUGCAGAGCAUCGGCCUGAGGGACUACGCCAACAUCCUGCUGGAGAGCGGCGUCCACGGUGGCCUCAUCGCCCUCGACGACAACUUUGACUACAGCAGCCUGGCUCUACUACUCCAGAUACCCAAUCAAAACACUCAGGCACGUCAGAUCCUGGAGAGAGAGUACAACAACCUGCUGGCUCUGGGCACCGAGAGGAGAAUGGAUGAGGAGUACCGUGGGGCGUCGUGGAGGAGGCAACAGUUUCCCCCACGUGACAUCCACGGGAUAAGCAUGAUGCCUGGCUCUGCAGAGACGCUACCCGCCGGCUUCCGCCUCACCACCACCUCCGGCCACCGGAGCAGGCUGCCACCCGAAGUUGGCCCCUCCGCAGUGCAGCGGCUGGACAGCUCCACGAUAAGGACCUAUUCCUGCUGAAGCCUACACUGGACCACAGGGGGAUUCUGAGCUGUUUGAACCGUCAACACAUGAGUCUUGCCUCAAUGCCAACCUCCAAUGGUCCAAUCAGCCACGAGAGAUCUUAAAAAAACCUAAAAAUAUCCGAUGUGAC